GUACGGCCGGCAUGUGUCUGACACAUGCCCAGGACACCCCCCAUACUUGCAAGAAUGACGAAGGGUAUGGACAAAUCUCUAGCUUGCAAACUAGAGGAAUUCCAAAGAUCAGUGUCUUCAACUGCAGAAGACGUUGUUUUCAACCAAUUUCCCAGCAAGAUAAUCGAAUUGACGACGUUGAUAAGUUCCACAGAAAACCCCGAGUCACCGUUUCACCUAUCCCAUGCAUCAACUGACGCAACUGUGUAUCCGCCACCUUCAUCCUCUUCAGAUGUGCCUGAAUCCAAGAAGCGUAAGCGGAUGACUGAUGGGACGCCUUUUGUUGUGAACCACAACGAUACUCACCACGCCAUAUACGUUAACCUUGUACAUGCCAACGCACACAUUAUUAAACUGAAUGCAGAUAUAAAGAAAGAGUGUACACAAUUGGCAGAUCUUUGUGAAAAAGUUAAACUGUGGGUCAAUCUUACUAUGCCAAAAUCUAAUUUCCGUCAUUUUUUAGGUGUUCAAAUUCAAGAAGAGGUCCUUACUGAAUUACAUCGUUCUCAAGAAAGUGCUUAUAACCUGCGUGAUGGGAUUCGGCAAGAUUACCUUGCCAGAGCUAAGAUUUGCUCCAAGGUUAUUAAAUAUCCCCACGUAGAAGACUAUACGCUUGCUCUCAAGGAACAGGAUGAGAAACAACUAUAUCUUGCUCGCCAGCAUAUCGUUGAUAUUCGAAACGUCUACGCUAUUUUAACUGACAUUAUCCAUAAAAAUAUAAACAAGAUUUGCUCUCCAAAAGGUAAUAAUGGGGUCGGUUUAUACUAGAAGAAUACACUACAGUGCAGAACGGGCAUUUAAGCCAAUCAACCAUGAUAUAUGCAUUUUUCGUGCGAUCACCAGCCAUGUAGCCCGAGCAUGUUAAGAAUACAUGUGUAUUGCUAUUAUGAUGUAAAAUUUGAAGU